AUGAACCAUCAGCAACAACAAUCCGCUUCCCUAUGCGUCAAGAUGACUAUUGUGGCCACCAAUGAGAACCGCUUCAUCGCGCUUCCGUCGCCGCCCGCAUUCGCCCUCCUCGUUGAGAAGAUCAGCACCGUGUUCGAUCAGGUCAACAAGGCCGCCGUGCGCAUCCACUACGUCGACGACGAGUCCGACAGAGUGGCCGUGUCCUCCUCCGACGAGCUCGCCUGCGCUCUCUCGCUCCUCCCCGCCGGACGCCAGCUCCGUCUCUUCGUCUCCACCACCUCUACCGAAGCUGGCCCCGCUGCUCCCCAGCAGGUGCCGACCCAAGAGCUGAGCGACCAAGUACCCGCCGAGCGCCCAGCCAUCGGUGCGGCCUCCGAUGUCGACGAUCAGCCCAAGGCAAUCCAUGACGAGGUGGAGGACAACAUCGGGACUGAUGGCGAGGGGCAGCUCAUCGACGUGCUAAAGCGCAAGCUCUCCCAGGAGGCGGACAUCGUGGUCGGCGUCAAUGUGUGCGAGAAGCAGUGCCUCCGCGUGCUCGCCAGGUUCGGAGGCGAUCUGGACAAGACCGUCGCCGCACUCGCGGGCUUCCACGAGCGGAAGCAGCAGCGCCACGCCGCCGCUAACCACAACAAGACCAAUAACGACCACCACCAGCAGCAGAAGAAGCGCCCGAUCCCGCCCAGCUCGAGGCCCUCCACGAGCAGCGCCAGGCACGCCGGGCCGAGAGGCUCGCGGCAAGACUCGCCCGCCAGGAGCAGAAGAAGCAGCGCCAGGACAGCAACGACGACAGCGUCACCACCAAGAAGAGGAUUGACGCGGCGAGCGUCGAGGCUCUGGUGGCCCUCAUGGCCGACCUGGGACUGGCCGUGCAUCGGCGCCCUGCGCCGGGCCGAUGGCGACGUCGACGCGGCCAAGGCCGACCUGGUGGACUGGUGCGCCAAGCGCCAGGAGCGCCAACGCAACAACGAUAACAAGACGACCACGGCACCGAUCCAAGGCCAAGAGACCGUCGAGGGCGACGACACCGACAAGAAGAAGCUGCUGACCCAGCUCGACCAGAUGGGCUUCGGCGCGCCGACCGGCAACACGACAAGGCGGCCGAGAGGAUCAAGAGGCGCAACGAGCGCCUGCUGA